AUGGCGCCCGAGGCCCCUGCGGAUACCGCAGGCCCGUCCUCCCCACCACCUCAACUCCCAGAAGGCUGGCUCCCCCAAUGGGAAGGUGUCCGACGGAAAUGGUAUUACGUACAGCGGACGACCGGGAAGUCGCAAUGGGAGAUUCCUACCGAACCGAUCGUCUUGACCCCGUCAACAACACCGACGCCCGGGGCAGGUCCAUCGCAGGAGCCAACAUCGCAUCCGACAAACAGCAACACUCGACAGAUGGAGUCCGUGGACACAAUGACCGGCGGAACGUACUCCGUGGCGGACAGUGCGAGAAUUUCCGUAGGGAAUCGCGCUCAUUAUGUCUGCAACUCCCUUGACCCCCAGAUUUAUGGGCAGUCAAACAAUCCAAUUUAUGGGUCUUCCGGGGUACCGGGUUGGUAUUCGAAUCAAACGGGUCAGCAUUUACCCGGCGGAUAUGAGCAGCAGCUCGCUGCAAACGCAGCCGGAUAUGGCCUGAAUCCGUUGCAACGGGGCCCUGUUGGACAAAUUAAUGGUGUCCAGCCGGCGUUUUAUGGGAGCCAGACACAUCAAGGGUAUCAAAUCACGGGUCCACACCACAUAGGCCAAAGUAUACCCGCUUCUACGUGGGGUAAUAAUCCAGGUACAUAUCAGGGACACCCAGGCGGUUAUACAACGACGCAACAUGCACAAUCCUUCCAAGGAUUUUCUGCAAAUCCUGCUGGACUGCAUAACCAACAGUCACCACCCUCCUGGACAAUGACCAACAAUCCACAGGGGCAAAUGGCAAAUUCCAUGCGUGGAGCUUCUAUUUCCCAGCCACACUGGCAAUUCGAAUCACAGCAAGGCCAUCUGAACGCCCCUAGUGAGAACUCGACCCUGCAUAAGCCCUUUUUUGGGUCCUACUCAUCCGUCCAGCACACAGAGCACACGGAACAGUCUUCGGGAGAGUCCGCUCGCCGCGUCUCGAAUGCUUCUUCUGCCCGGGAAGGGCAACUGUACCAAAACUCCGUGGAUAGCUUCCCCAAUCAUUCGCCACACUCUAUGCUUGACCAAGGUAGAUUCGGGCAACGCCAACCGGACCCACGUUCCCAUUCGCAACAUUCCCACACGGAUCCUGCAUUGCAGGGAUUCUCACCGCUUCAACAUGUACAGAGUCAAUACCAACAGCAGCACAUGAUACGAACACAGCCAGGAUCACACCAAGCCGAUAUUCCCCAAAGCUAUCCGAAAUAUCAUAACCCCCUGACGCAAGUCGGUGACAAUCAACACUUUUCGGGGCUUCAAUCUGGUUCUGGCAGUGGACCGGCCGGUUUUCCUGAAACAACACAUGUUCACCAAGUUCCUUACGACCAGCCGAGUCAUCAUCCAGAGAAUCUCGAACAUUCACAGGGGAAGGCAGGAAGAGGUUCGGAAUCACAAUUUGUCAGUGGGCCGUGGACGUCGACACCCCCGUCUGCUGGCCAAUGA